CCUCGCGUCCUCCACCGCCAGCGCCGCUCGCCCGCAGCGCCGGGCGAGCCCCGGGACGGCCCCUCGCGCGCCAGCACCGCGGCGGGCCGGGCAGCGUCACUGCGCAUGCUCCCCGCCGCGCGGGUGGGGUCCUGGGGGCCGGGAGGCGGGCGCUGGGCGUGGGUCGCGCUCGGCCGGGAAGGCCUCCGCCUGUCUCCGGCCACGCAGCGGCGGGGGAGCGGCGUCCUGGAGACCCCCGAGAGAUGGAAGCGGCGGCGCCGGCGGCGGCCGAGGCGGCGGGGCGCGAGGAGCUCGAUAUGGAUGUAAUGAGGCCCUUAAUAAAUGAGCAGAAUUUUGAUGGGACAUCAGAUGAAGAGCACGAGCAAGAGCUGCUGCCUGUUCAGAAGCAUUACCAGCUUGAUGAUCAAGAGGGUAUUUCGUUUGUGCAAACUCUUAUGCAUCUUCUUAAAGGAAAUAUUGGAACUGGCCUUUUAGGGCUUCCACUGGCAAUAAAAAACGCAGGCAUAGUGCUUGGACCAAUCAGCCUCGUAUUUAUAGGAAUUAUUUCUGUUCACUGUAUGCACAUUUUGGUACGGUGCAGUCACUUUCUGUGUCAGAGGUUUAAAAAGUCAACAUUGGGUUAUAGUGACACUGUGAGUUUUGCUAUGGAAGUAAGUCCUUGGAGUUGUCUUCAGAAGCAAGCAGCAUGGGGACGGAGUGUGGUUGACUUUUUUCUGGUGAUAACACAGCUGGGAUUCUGUAGUGUUUAUAUUGUCUUCUUAGCUGAAAAUGUAAAACAAGUUCAUGAAGGAUUCCUGGAGAGUAAAGUGUUACUUUUGAAUAGUACCAAUUCAUCAAAUCCAUGUGAGAGAAGAAGUAUUGACCUAAGGAUAUAUAUGCUUUGCUUUCUUCCAUUUAUAAUUCUUUUGGUCUUCAUUCGUGAGCUAAAGAAUCUGUUUGUGCUUUCAUUCCUCGCCAACCUUUCCAUGGCUGUCAGUCUUGUGAUAAUUUAUCAGUAUGUCGUUAGGAAUAUGCCAAAUCCCCACAAUCUUCCAAUAGUGGCUGGUUGGAAAAAAUACCCACUUUUUUUUGGUACCGCUGUGUUUGCUUUUGAAGGCAUAGGAGUGGUCCUUCCACUGGAAAAUCAAAUGAAAGAAUCAAAACGCUUCCCCCAAGCAUUGAAUAUUGGCAUGGGAAUUGUUACAACUUUGUAUGUAACAUUAGCUACUUUAGGAUAUAUGUGUUUCCGUGAUGAAAUUAAAGGCAGCAUAACUUUAAAUCUUCCCCAGGAUGUGUGGUUAUAUCAAUCAGUGAAAAUUCUAUAUUCCUUUGGCAUCUUUGUGACAUAUUCAAUUCAGUUCUAUGUUCCGGCAGAGAUCAUCAUCCCUGUGAUCACAUCCAAAUUUCAUGCUAAAUGGAAACAAAUUUGUGAAUUUGCAGUAAGGUCCCUCUUGGUUAGUAUUACAUGUGCUGGAGCAAUUCUGAUUCCUCGUUUAGACAUUGUGAUUUCCUUCGUUGGAGCUGUGAGCAGCAGCACAUUGGCUCUGAUCCUGCCACCUUUGGUUGAAAUUCUUACGUUUUCUAAGGAACACUACAAUAUAUGGAUGAUCCUGAAAAAUAUUUCUAUAGCAUUCACUGGUGUUGUUGGUUUCUUCUUAGGUACCUAUGUAACAGUUGAAGAAAUUAUUUAUCCUACUCCCAAAGUUAGAGCUGGCACUCCACAAAGUCCUUCUCUAAAUUUGAAUUCAACAUGCUUUAUGUCUGGGUUGAAAUAGUGGAAGCAGAAUUAUGAGUCUUCUCCUUUUGUCUCAGUUCUGAAAAUUAUUAAAAUAAGAACUGGUAGAGUCCAUUGCCAUAUGUCUAAAAUUAGAGCCAAACUCUCUUUUCUUUUGGCACAAUAAUGACAUUUCAGUAGUAAACUGAUUCUUUACCAGUAGUGGUAAACUAUGACAGAUUCUUUGUUUUGAGUAUUAGUAAUAAUUUCAAAAAAUGUUAGUUUUGAAAAUACUAUAAAUUAAAAUGUAGAAGAAUUAAAGAAUAAAAAGACUUCCAUUAUUCUUCAUUCAAUCAGAAAUAUUCUAACCAAGAUUCUCUUUUACGCCCAUGCUCCUCUUUCCCCACCCAGCUGAGGAGAGAACAAAGUUCCAACAAUAAGAGAAUCAGAGAAGGACAUAGUUCACAAAAAUCUUCAGACCAUCUCGGUGAAUGUCAAAGUGUACAUUGUGUAUAAUGUAAAAAUAUCUCAAUUGUGUUUUUAUUAGAAAGCCAAAUACUUACGAAUCACCCUUGCAAGUAUAGAAAACUCUAAUGUCAGCAUCAGAAAUCCCUAAACCAGAAUUGUUCUACACCAUUCUAUGAUGGUAGUUGACCUGCACAAUGAAAAUUAUGAGGUGCUGUGGAGAUCCUGAUUUAGUGUCUCAGUCACAUUUGGAGGAGACUUUAAGGGUUAUCCAACACAAUUCCCUUGAUGUCCAGAAAGGGUAAGUAACUUGGUCAAGACCACUUAGCUUUGAGAUCAAGCAAGAGAAUGUGAUCUUUUUACUCCAGUCCAAGAUUUUUUAUUUUUCACAUCACAUCCAAGAAAAAUAAAGUAUGUUCAGUUUAGCCUUUAGUGUUGCAUUUACAUAAUUCUGUUUUAAAGCUCAGAAAGCCGGUGAUCUUUUAGUAAUAUAUGUGACCUGAGCAUAAAAUCAGAGAACUCUAAAAAGGAUGCCUUACCGGUACAUAAACCUAAACAAGAGAAAGAAAGUGUGUUUUUUUGUUUGUUUGUUUGUUUUAGAGAAUAGAAAGCACUUUCUGGUUUAACUGCUGGUGAGUUGGAGGUGCCCAGCCAUUCUGUCUAUGGCUGGAACUCUCAUUAUUUCUUCUCUUUCUAAGGAUUGUAGGCACCGUUUUUCUUAAUGGCAGAAAAUAGGUAUCUGACAAAAUACAGGAUUUGUGUAUUAUUUCCAGCCUGUGGCUUUCCUGAUUAUAGCCUUUUAUCAGUCUGAAUGGACAGAAUUAACAAAAAACAUAAAUUUAUACUGAGGAAAAAUCAAGGCAAUAAUAGACUGUCUACUAAAUAUUGAGAUACUCCAGGUUUCUUGCAGAGAAAUACCUUGUAUUCAUAUUUGUCAAGCCCAGUUAUUAAUGAAAACAAGCUCAGUUGACAUGGAUGAAAACUUUUAAGUUUAAAACAUUAGGAAUCUUGAUUUUUUUUUAAAAAAAUUCAUACAUUAAAACAUUUUUAAUCGGGCUGGUAAUUUGUAAUACUACAAGAUAUCGUCAAGAUCACUGUAGUAUAUGUAUUCUAUAUUUUUAUAUGUAAAUGUGAACUUAGCUCAAGUAUUUUCUUGCUUUACAUCAUUAAUGAGUCAUCAAGUACACUUCUAACAAAGUCUCAGAAGCUUUAUUUUUGUACAAAUUCAUAAGAAUCAAACUUUUUUUAAACAUUUACAUUAGAUAUCACCGAUAAUUUUUUGUGACACUUUUGUAUCAAAUCUAUUAUGUUGAGCUUUCAGUCACACUGAGAGAAUGUGGAAGAAGUUACAGGAAAAGUAAUCGUCAUUGAAACUGUUACAUAGUUGUGUUUCUAAGAAUAAAUUAGGUUUUUUUUAAAAGAAAUGUAUAACUUGGUAUAAAAUGACUUGAAAACCAUUAUUUAAUAGAAAGCACUAUUACUUUGCCAGGUAUCUUCAGAUAUUUCUAGUCUAUGCAUGAAAUUUUAUUUUUAUACUUUGACCUGUUUAUUCUCCUUAUUCAUCAAAUUCAGUGAAUUUCGAAUAGUUGAUUAUAGCAAUAAAUGAAUUUUAGCAUGAACAGAAUGUUGAGUGCAUUAUCAGCCAGGCUUCCUUAUUGUAGCGAGUGCUGAAUCGACAUCUAGUACUUAGUUCACUAAGUGAUCAACACUUUAAAUAUGAGAGGAAAGUCGAGAUGGUGGAAGAGGGGCUAAAAAGGGAGAGACUAGUCCCAAUUCUUAACAAGAAACUAUUUAGAUGUAAAGGAUAUAUGCACUCUUCUUUAAGGAUUUUUGGUGAAGCAUAUUUUUUGCGAAAAAAUCAGUGUCAUAGUUUUCCUCUGAAAAUUUAGUUUUAACAACUUACAACGUUUCAAAAGAUUUUUGGAGAAGAUAUUUUGAUUAGAACAGCUGUUGCUUUUAUUUGGGUGCCUGGAAAAAUGAGAGUGGUUGCACCUGUCAAAUUGUGUACUUGAUGUCUAGGUCCGUUACAUGAUGGCUAGGGUGACUUCAGCAUUUCACCCGCCACUGCAGUAAAAAACCCUCCUCUCUGAAAGUGAGUCAGGUGCCUGAGAGAACUUUCCACCACUGAGGUAGGGGAGAGAAAGGAGAGCUUUACUCACCUUUGCUGACCUCUGCUCUAAGCCAGUCAUCAUCAGCACCCUACAUUCGAAAGGGUUUUCCCAGCUCCAGAGUCCACUUGUCAGAACGCUGGCUUUCAGACCUUUCGUAUCGGAGGCUCUUCUUUUCCCCACAUGGUCAGAUUUCUGCACAAUUAAAUAAGAAUUAGGGUUUGUUUUCCCUAGGUAAAGACCAAUUGGUAUUAUGUUAUCAAAUAAAAGAGUGCGAUGUAUUAGCAAAUGCCACAUCAUGUUUUAAUUCUGUCCUUGCUGGAUUCUUCUUUAUUAAAACCAUUUCUGCCUCCCACCUAAGCAGUGCACUUAAAUUAACAUUUUUAUAGGCAUUUUAUGCAAUGUGCAUGUUGUAAAUUUCCUAACAGGGCCUAAUUUCAUUCAGUAUUUUCAGAAUAGUUACAGGAAAGCUGUCUAACUGCAAAGCACUGUAAAAAUAUUAACUGGACCAUUAAUUAAAGUUCCACAUUAGUGCCAUUUCUAGCUGUGGCGAAGUGCAGGUCUGCCUCUAGCUUACCUGGGGCACUUGGUCACUGUAGAUGUCAGCCCAGCAUCUGAAGUACAUUUGUGUAUGAUAGUAUACAGCCACAUUAGGUUUUCACCUCAGUUCUUUCUUU